AUGCUUUUCCGAGCACGAUUAAUCUUGCCGUGCUUCCUGCUCCUCCUCAUCCCAGUCAUAGGCGUAUCUUCGUUCGUCUGCAGCAGCCCCACAUCGCGCAGAAUCGUUCUUUACGCAGAAGCCAUGGACGCACCGCCUGAUGCCCGCGAGACAGAAGAGCCGCGAGAUCUGGAACCAAUGACAGGCGCGCUCGAGCCGGGCGAGGAUAUCAUCAACAGUUUGCCCGACGACGUGCUCUCUGCAGUUCUCGAGCGCGCCUCUUCCAGCAAGGCGAUGCACCAUGCGCUCGUGUGCCGCCGGUGGCUGCACCUGGCGCAACACUUGCAGCAGGGCGUCCACGUCAGCGCCGAGCGCAACCUCCACGCGGGCGAGCUGCUGCGCGGCUUGGCGAAAUUCCCCAACGUGACUUCACUCACGCUAGACUACAAGAGCGUCGACUUCCUCAACGACGAGUUCCUGAGAGCGCUGCCCUCCGCCUCUCCGCAGCUCUCUAACCUGCGCCUGGACGAGCCGCGGUACACCGGCGUGCCGCACUUCCGCAUCACGCUCCCCUGCCUUGGCCGCUUCCUGCUCGGCGCCUCGCGCCUCGAGGAGCUCAGCCUCGAGCGCAGCCUCGGCGACAUGACGAAGCUUCCUUCCUCGCUCGCAUCGCUCUCGUCGCUUCGCGUGCUGAAGCUCAGCAUGCCGCGCCUUAACGUUCUUCCCGACGCGCUCGGCACGCUGCGCGCGCUGGAGGAGCUCCGCGUCAGCUGCCCCGAGUUGCGGAGCCUCCCCGCGUCCGUCACGCAGCUCACGCGGCUCUCCCGCCUCUGCGUGACAGACUGCCGCGUGAUGCACCAGCUGCCCGCGCAGCUCGGCGCGCUGAGCGCGCUGACAGCGCUGGAGAUACACGGGUGGUACCGCCUGGAGGGGAUUCCGGAGAGCAUCGGCGCGCUCAAGGAGCUGCGCCGCCUGGACCUGCGCAACAUCAGCUGCGCGCUGCCCAGUGUGGGCGCGGACUGGCGCAAGCUGGAAGAGUUGCGCCUGGAGAACGUCCACGGGGACCGCCUUCCGCCCGUCUCCCUCGAUUCCCUCGCGGUCCUCAUCGUCCGCCGCUGCCGCAGCCUCCGCGCGCUCCCCGACAUCGGCGCGGCGUCAGCCCUCCGCGAGCUCGAGAUCGUCGACGCGCCGAUCACCGAGCUGCCCGCGUCGAUCGAGAUGCUGACGUCCCUGGAGCGGCUGGUGCUGGCGCCGUGCAAGUCGGUGAGAGCGCUGCCGCCCACGCUGCUUGCGCUGCCGCGACUGGCGCACGUGGUGCUGAAGAACGUGUCGUGCCUUGCUUCGCUGAUGGGGGGCGGCGCGGAGGCGGAUGGACAUCGCCAGCCCGUCGCGCGCCUCGCGCCGCUGCAGUCUUUCUCCCUCGAAUGCUGCUACCUCUUCACCCAUUUUUCCCCCGUGCUCCCCGCUCUCGCGCCCUCGCUGCGCGCGCUCACGCUCGUUGACCUCCCCGCGCUCUACUCCUUGCCGGCCGAAGUCUGCCGCCUCACCGCGCUCACCUCCCUCUCGCUCCUCCGCCUGCGCAACGUCAAGCGCCUCCCCCCCGCGCUCUCCGCGCUCUCCGCCCUCCGCACGCUCAAAAUAACCGGCGCGCACGAGCUCGCCGCGCUUCCCGAAUCCCUGGGCCAGCUGGCGGCGCUCGAGUCGCUGGAGCUCGACGACUGCCCCGCGCUGCAGAGCCUCCCCGCGUCGCUGGGCGCGCUCACCGCGCUGCCGGAUUCCAUGGGCCAGCUGGGACGCCUAAAGACGCUGAUUAUCGCGAGCGCGUCGAUCACGUCCCUCCCAGACACUCUGAGCGGGCUGACCCGCCUGGAAGCGCUGCUCGUCUCCGACUGCCCCCGCCUCGCCGCGCUCCCCGCGUCCCUCUGCGCCCUCCCCCGCCUCCACACGCUCUCCCUCGCCAACUGCCCCGCCCUCCGCGCCCUCCCCGACGCCAUCGGCCAGCUGCCCGCCCUCAAGCGGCUCUCGCUCAAAGACUGCUCCGCGCUCGCCCGCCUCCCCGCGUCCCUCCCGCGCCUCCCCGCGCUCGAGUCGCUCGACAUCGCAUUCUGCCCGCUGCUCACGCACCUCCCUGACGACUUCGGCCCGCUGCCUCGCCUCGCGCGCCUCUCCGUCUGCAACUGCCGCGCCUUCUCCCGCCUCCCCGCCUCGCUCUCCCACCUGCCCGCCCUCCGCGUCCUCAAGCUCUCGUCCUGCUCGUCUCUCUCCGCGCUCCCCCCCGACCUCGCGACCCUCCCCGCGCUGCACUCCCUGCUGCUGAGAGGCUGCUCUGUGCUGGCGGAGCUGCCCGCGGGACUGGCGCACGCGCGGGGGCUGCGCCACGUGGACGUGCGCGGGUGCGGGGCGGUGGGAGAGGACUUGGAGGUGGGAGUGUGCGGGCGGCGCGUUCACGUGGAGCGGGAUCGUCGCGAAGGGGGCGAAGGGGGAUCGUACGUGGGGACGAUGCCCAGAGACAGUCAAGUGCAGUGCGGGAGGGGGGGCGGGGAGGGGGGAGAGGGCGGGGAGACAGAGGGAGGUGAGGCCGUGGAAGGUGAGAGGGGGGCAGAAAGGGGAGGUGCGGUGGGAGGCGGGUUGGAGGGAGCAGCAGCAGUCGAGGGGGGCGAAGGGGAAUGCGGGAUGGACGCACAGAGAGAGAACAGACGAGGGGGGGAUGGCUUGGGUUCACAGUGGCAAUCGCAGAGGGAGCGAGACGGGGAGUGUGAGGAGGAAGCGGAAGGUGCGGGUGAGGAGUUGUUGGGGAGGACGAUAAGGGAGGGUGAGCAGCAAGGGGAGGAAAGAGAAGGAGGGGGCGGACAGGCAGAACUUGGUGAGGAUUGGGAUGCUGCUUGCGUGGGAGAGGCGUAG